UUUAACUCAUCUUAUAUAUUUAAAGAAGAAAAAACACCAACAUUUUGGCGCCCUGAACGUGGGACUGACAGGCCCCUCAGUGGAUUUCAGUGGAAAAGCCUCUGAUCCUGAAUCCAGUGGAAAAGUCUCUUCAAUCCAGAAAUUAGGAGGAGUGGGUUGGCCCUAAACCCAAAGCCUAAUGAACAUCAGAAACUGAACAGGAGUCUUUAAAGAGAUCUUGAAUGAGAAAACCAUUGUGAAACAGGGUGACAAGAAAUGACAAUUACAAAAGAUGAGCAAGAACAAAGAAGAUGCUCCCCAUGAAUUGGAAAGCCAAUUCAUAUUACGUCUACCCCCAGAACAUGCUUCUACUGUGAGAAGGGCAAUACAGUCUGGAAGUGUCAACCUGAAAGAUAAAUUAACCAUUGAAUUACAUACAGAUGGACGUCAUGGAAUUGUCUGCGUAGACCAUGCCCCAUUAGUGGCUAAGGUGGUUGACCUGCCCUGCAUUACUGAAUCCUUGAAAACCAUAGAUAAAAAAACCUUUUACAAGACAGCAGAUAUCUGCCAAAUGCUAGUGUGUAGUGUGGAUGGGGACCUUUACCUACCUCCAGAAGAACCAGCUGCCACUACUGAUCCAAAAGCAAGUAAGAAAAAAGAUAAGGACAGGGAGAGGAAAUUCAUCUGGAACCAUGGCAUCACUCUGCCACUUAAGAAUGUCAGAAAGAGAAGAUUCCGUGAAACAGCCAAGAAGAAGUACAUUGAAUCACCAGAUGUGGAAAAAGAAGUAAAGCGGCUUCUCAGUACAGAUGCAGAAGCUGUCAGUACCCGAUGGGAGGUAAUUGCAGAAGAUGAAACAAAGGAAGCAGACAACCAGGUUUCCUUAGCAGGUCUAGAUAUUUCCUCUCCAGGAAUGAGUGGCCAUAAGCAGGGUCAUAGCUUCUCAAAACAUGAUGAACUUAGGGAGAUAUUUAAUGAUAUUAGCAGCAGUAGUGAAGAAGAUGAUGAGAGAGAUCCUCAUGAUGAUGAAGAUAUAAACAUUAUUGACACUGAAGAAGACCUAGAGAGGCAACUACAAGACAAGCUUGAUGAAUCUGAUGAGCAGCACCAAGAAAAUGAGGAAACAAAUCAGAUGGUCAUGGGAAUUCAGAAGCAGAUUGAUAUAAUGAAAGGUAAAUUCCAAGAGAAAAAAAAGAGAGCAAAACGACAAGACGACCUCAUCAUCAAAGUAGAAAAUCUGGCACUCAAGCCCCAGGACACAGCUGUGCAUGCAGCUCAAGGGAUCCACAGGGAAGAGUCAUUCACAGAGAAAAGAACUUAACUACCCCUCUAAUGUGAAGGGGUUUGGUUCUUUUCACAUGCAACACUGUUUCUGGUCCAAUCCAAGGCGUGAUCACCUUUUUGGAGUUCUCACCUCCUUGAGAAGUCAAGGAGGUUAUGAUC